CGUAAGGGGCGGGGCUCAGAGCCUGGUUUCCUCGGCUACCAUCGGCUGCUGGACCGCGCGUGGCGUGCCAGCUUUGCAGCAAUGGGGGCUCCUGCAGGUUUGCAGGCAGACUGUGAGGCGCUGCUCAGCCGCUUCCAGGAGAUGGACAGCGUGCGCUUCGAGGACUUCACCGACCUCUGGAGGAGUAUGAAGUUCGGGACCAUCUUCUGUGGUAGAAUGAGAAAUUUAGAAAAGAACACGUUUACAAAGGAAGCUUUGGCUUUGGCUUGGCGAUACUUUUUACCUCCAUACACCUUCCAAAUCAGAGUUUGUGCUUUGUAUCUGCUAUAUGGAUUAUAUAACACCCAGCUGUGUCAACCAAAACAAAAGAUUAGAGUUGCCGUGAAGGAUUGGGAUGAAAUUUUAAAAUUUCAGCAAGAUUUGAUAAAUGCACAACAUUUUGAUGCAGCUUAUAUUUUUAGGAAGCUACGACUAGACAGAGCAUUUCACUUUACAGCAAUGCCUACAUUGCUGUCAUACAGAAUGAAGAAAAAAAAUCAACGAGCUGAAGUUACUGAAGACUUUAAGGACCCAAAUGAUCAUGUAAUGAAACUUAUCACUUCUGAUGUAUUAGAGGAAAUGCUGAAUGUUCAUGACCAUUAUCAGAGAAUGAAACAUAUAAUUUCAGCUGAUAGAUCCAAUCCAGACAAAGCCCUCAGCUUGAUAAAGGAUGAUUUUUUUGACAAUAUCAAGAACAUAGUUUUGGAGCAUCAGCAAUGGCACAAAGACAGAAAGAAUCUAUCCUUAAAAUCAACAGCUAAAGAUGGAGAAGAAAGGAGUGAAGGAAACUCACAACAAUCAGAGAGAAGUGAAAGGGCAGAAUCAUUAGCGAAAAUAAAAUCAAAGGCCUUUUCAGUUUUUGUUCAGGCAUCCAAGUCAAGAAGGCAUCGUCAGAUCAAACUUGAUUCGUCUGACUCUGAUUCUGCAUCUAGUCAAGGACAAACCAAAGCAACUAGGAAAAGAAGAAACAAAGAGACAUUGAAACCAGCAGGAAGGAAGAUGUCUUCCAGAAACAGAGGUGACAUGCAAAAUGUACAUAAGGAAGAUAAAUCUUUAAGUCUGAGUAUGCCUGUAAUUACAGAAGAGGAAGAGGAGAAUGAAAGUUUUAGUGAAACAGAGUUCACUGCACCCAAGAGGAGAAGAAAACACAGAACAAAGAGCCUGGUGUAGAGUACUUAAUUUUGAGCUUUCUGACAGAAGAAAAGAUUCAUAUUUUGUGUAUUGAACAGGAAGACUGCCAAUAUUAAAAAUAAUUCUUCUGGGAAGCUGUAGGUAUUUCUUUGAAAUGUCAAUAAUUUCAUAUAGUUCUAGAAUAAAAGUACAAAAAAAUUAGAGUAUUAUUCUAAAAUUUAAUUUUAACAUCUUUUGUGAAAUAUGCAUAAAUGAUAAAAUUUGGAUUUAGAAUGUAAUAGAAAUAAUUCUGUUAUUUGCAGAUUAUUGUUAUUUCCUACAACUUUUUUGUGCUAUUAUACUAUCUUAGUACAGUUCUGGAAGUGUUAACUAUUCUAUUUAAAAUCUUUUUUCUUGAAAUAUUAAUGUUUAUU